AUGCAGCUCACCAACACCAUCGUCGCCCUCUCGGCCGCCCUCUCCGCCGGCGUGUCCGCCCACCCCUCCCUCCACGGCCACCAGCGCUUCCACGAGCGCCGCACCGAGGAGCCCCGCGACCUGACCUUCUUCAAGAACAUCCUCCCCCAGCAGUCCUCCUCCGCGACCCCGACCGCCACCGCCGCCGCCACCCCGUCCGCGACCGGCGGCGCCACCGGCGAGUACGUCCCCUUCUGCUCCGGCAAGACCAAGCGCGCCACCAUCCAGCAGAUCGCCUACUCGGGCAACACCGGCACCGAGGACUCCUGGGGCUGCAACAUGCAGAUCGUCGACGACUCCAUCAAGAGCCUCUACAACUACACCACCACCUUCACCUCCUCCAAGGACACCUACUCCUGCUCCUGCUUCAACAAGAUCGGCCCCAAGGGCCUGAUCGACGGCGCCUGGUUCGCCGCCCUCACCUUCACCGUCAAGGAGGGCCAGUCCAAGAACGUCGCCUUCGAGGCCGACUCCCAGGGCUCCUGCGCCUGCGGCCCCGGCUCCGAGGUCCCCAAGACCUUCAUCGGCCAGUUCGCCGGCACCUGGCUCGAGUUCGACUGGGGCUCCACCCCCAACGGCGGCAACUCCGGCGCCGACGCCUCCGUCCUCGUCGCCGGCGCCUCCAACAUGGCCUACUACGGCAUGAAGGUCGCCGCCAACGGCAAGACCUGCUCCUGGGUCAAGUCCGACGGCUCCAACGAGGGCGCCUACAUGCCCGGCAUGGAGGCCGAGGACGGUGUCGGCUGCAAGGGCUACUACAACGCCCACCUCGACGUCACCCUCGGCGACAACUUCACCGCCUAA